GUGACAUCUUCAAGCUACAACAUUGUUGACCGUACUUAGACGAGUCUAGUUUUUUGAUAGCACAACGCUGGGCUUUUACUUUAUGUGCGACAUUGUACAAAAAUAAUUUCAAGUGGGCAACUACAUAAGUAGAUCUAGAUCCAUAUUAAGAAAAAACCAUGUCUCUGGUCACUGUCCAACUUGGGCAAUGUGGGAAUCAGGUAGGUUCCACUUUUUUCGAUGAGCUUGCUGCCAAGAUACCCCUAAGAGAAGACGAUGCAGUGGCUCGGAUGUUCUUCCGAUGGCCAACUACAACGAUCUGCUCAGCUACAGAACAGCUAAAAAACCUACAGUCAGGAUGCUCCUCAUCCUCCUCAAGCUCUUUUAAUACUGCAAGUAGACCUUUACCCUUUGCCCGUUCUGUGCUUGUCGACUUGGAGCCUCGUGUAGUCGGAAAGCUGAUCUCCCCUUCACGAUCGCAGGGUUAUCGCUUUGACGCCAGAGGUGCGAAGUGGCGUGCUAGUGGAGCAGGGAACAACUGGACUCAUGGCUACAGACAGGGACGUGACUCUCUCAGUGAGGAACUAGAACUCUUGGUGCAAGCGGAAGUGGACAGAUGUCAUGACCAGUUGGCUGGUUUUCUAGUGUUUUUCAGUCUCGCUGGUGGAACGGGGAGCGGCUUAGGGAGUUUCGCGAUAACGGUAUUGCGCGAAUUGUAUCCGAAGGUAUGGCGGAAAAAAGAUUUGUAUUUGAUAGAAAGAUGACUGAGGUCCUACCUUUUCCCUGUCUCAUCCGUCUUUCAUCCUCCACACCGAUACUCGCGUGUUGUGUCCUUCCCUUUCGAUCGGGGGAAGUCGCUGUGCAAAGUUUCAAUGCCUGUCUGGCGUUGCACGCAGUGUACGAACAUGCAGACCUCGUGUUUCCGUUUGAGAACAGGAGACGGGACGGAAAACGACUAGGAGCAGCUGAAGAAGCUCGUAGCGAAGAGUUUUCGGUGAUGAAUACGAGUUGUGUGGAAGAUUCAUAUUCAAAGUACUUAUAGUUAGUUGACCGACGAUGGUAUUUGCAUUAUAAGAGAAUCUAUCAUCUUUAUCAUGCUCUAAUGGCACUUGGCAGUUCGUUGUUUACUCUGUUCUAACCUCCCAUCGUGAACACUCUGCUCCACGCUGCAAUGCUCCCAGUCUUAGCCGUUCGCCGUUUGGAGACCACUUCGGAUCCGAAGACUGCCAUGUUCCGAGAACUGGAGCCGCGGUUGUCUAGUGUGUUUGAACUUAGCGUAGCGCGCAGUCGCAUCCCGGAUAUGCUCUGCUCCUUAGGAGCUCAUCCCUCUUACAAGCUGGUUACUCUACGACAUCUUCCUGUACUCGACGACCACAGCAAAAGGAGACUUUUCGGUAGGGGUAGUUUCUCUGACUUAGGCGGUAAUGAUAGUUGGGCUGCCCUGAGCAAGCGAUUGAGCCACAUCUGCACAACCAAGACUGUGGAAGAUUUCUACGCCCCUCUGGCCGGUGAGCGUAAUCGCGUGUUGGCGGCAGCUGUGACUUGCUACGGACCGGGGCCGCGGCAGAGGCCCACUCCUGCAAGCCAAGCGGCAGCUGAGGACCAUACGCCACCACUAGACGAGGUAGCGGGGAUAUUUGCUUCAGGUCUGACCUUUUCUCCCAAAAGCAGGAUAUUAGCAGCUUCAGGAGCGCCAUCGCUGAGCGUCGUGCAGGAUUACUACAUUAUGAUGGUCAUUGAUGUGAUAGGGAUUCUAGUGAGCGAUCCACAAACGUCCGUAAAGCAUCGCUGUGCCCGUAGCAGUCCAAUAAGGCAUCCUGGGCUGGAUUUCCGUCACUCUUUUUCACGCACACAAACUCAACAAACUAAGUACUUAUACAAUCGAUCUCUCAGCCGGUUUCUUGUCCUUUUCCUCUAAGAGUCACACCUCCACACCCGGUUCCACAUCGUCACAGCCCAGUCUCUCUGCCAACCGUGUCUCCUUGGCAACGAAUUGUCAAACGCCUUUAGCAGCCUUUGAGAGUGCAGUGCAUAAGGCAGCAGGACUUUCGCGCGCACGCUGUUAUGUGCACUUUUUCGACGAGGCGCCCUUAGCGGAAGCUAUACUAGGAGUCACGCAGAUAUGCGAGGAUUAUAGGCAGUUAUGAAGCGCCAGUGUGAUUAAGCUCCUAGUCGAGAAUUCGUCCGCAGCAACAUCAAUCAUGCAUAUUUUGCUCAUUUGUUUCGCAAGUCUACGAAGUGCCGACUCAUUCAUCACACAGAGUGAUUUUUCGCAUGAAGGACUAUUGCAUAGUGUGUAGUUGCGAGACCUCGUACGUGUGCGACUGUACAGAUAGCCAGCGAUAUCUAUCGAAGAGCC